UAAAACUAAUUGCAAACAAAUGACAUGAAAAUGACUGCAAAAUGAGAGCAUUUCAGUGAAAGCCGUGAUUGUUGUGAGAGUUUAUGAAACCAUAGCAACCAAUGGAUACAAACUGACGUGUCUUUCAAAGUUAAUAAUCACUUCAUAAUCGGAUCAAUAAAUUGCAGACAUUUAGCCAUUUGUGAGGAUAAUUGUCUGCAUCUGUUAGUCCUUAAGUGGUUGUGGAAGUGUCAGAGGAUGUCUGAGUGGAGUCACCUACUGGCCAGGGUCAAUUACCCCAUGUAUUGCGUGCGGACAUUGUCUGAGCGGCACAUUCUGGUGGCCGGUGGUGGCGGACCCGCUAAGACUGGCAUCGCCAACACCCUCGAGGUCUAUGAGCUGGUCUACGACAAGUCCACCAACUCGUGCAAAGCCAGACUAAUCACUCACUACGACACCGGUUCGCGAGCGGUGAUGAACAUGUGUGUCGUCGACAAAAGCAAUUACUGCUACCAAUUGUUCUGCGGAGGAAUGGAUGGGAUGUGCACUCAAUACGACCUGAAGCUGAACGUCGAGAGUAAGCGUCGCGAGAGUUCUUCGUCGCCCACCAGAAGAGAGAGAACUUUCUCCGAGACUAGUCUUAGGCGACGAAGACUUAGUUCCAGAUCUGAGUCCAUAGAGAAGGAGAACGAUAUAAACUUAGCCAAUAGUCAGUCACCAGAAGCGCCGGAACCAGUGAAACAACACUCGCGUAAAGACUCGAAGCCUAAGAUGACGGACGACACGAAUGGUGUCCCGGACUUCACUUUCGACAUAAAACAGCAAAAGAUGUUUAAAACGGACUUUAAUUCUGACGAAUCCUUUCAAAAGAUCGUGAAAUUCUCGGUUGAGGCCAAUGUGCUGAUCACCGCUGGAUCUGAUGGACACAUAAGGUUGUGGUCACUGCCGAAGUUGGACCAAAUCCUAUCGAUCAAAGCGCACGACAACGAAGUGGACGACUUGGAUAUCAAUGGCAACGGAACACAAAUAGUGAGCGUUUCUCGCGAUUCAAAGGGUUUUGUAUGGAAUACCAACGAUGGAAGUCUUAAGACUGAACUCAAGUAUGAGUUACCCGUCGCUCAGAAACAACAAAAUCAUAAUCAAAACAACAAUAAUAAUAGAAACGGAAUUAUAAAUAAUAAAUACAUUUAUAGGGGAUGUCGUUAUACCACAGUCGACGGUGAUUUAAACAAUAUUAAAUUAUUUACAAUAAUGAAUCCACUGGUGAACCAAAAGCCACCCAAAAGUUCCUAUAUCUGCAAAUGGAAUACUCAGACAUAUAAACCCGAAAAGAUGGUCAGCACCGGCUUUGAAAGUCUCUCGACUAUGGCUGUCAGUGAAGAGGGCCAUUACGUAGGAUUGGGAACUCUGACGGGCUCUGUGGACGUGUACAUUGCAUUCAGUCUGCAACGGGUAUACCACUUGUCUGCAGCGCAUAACAUCUUCGUGACGGGAGUGGAAUUCCUCAAGUCUUCGGUGGCCGCACAACAGCUGACUGGCGGUAACGACGCCUCUUUGGUCAGCGUUUCUGUUGAUAACCACAUUGUUGUCCAUCAGAUUCCCAAACGAGGCAGUGAACUUCAGAAACAUUGCGGAUUCCGAGUUCACUCUCAGCCGUGUCCGCACAGAUCACAAAAUAAAGAGUCGCGUAAUGUCUAUAAAUAA